CAAAAAGCGUCGAGGAAAAGGAUAACAAGGAAACAGAGUCGAAACCAGAGAAAAGGCAACGCAAAGAUUCCUUUUUUCGAAGCUUAACGACAACCCACCUUCCAUCUGAUUUAAGUAAAGUUAAAAGUCACUAAUUUAAUAUUAUUGAACGACCGAAACAAGUAUGUUGAUGACUUUGUUCUCCUUUAAAUUAUCAUCACUUCAUUUCUCAGAGAUUUACGCACACAGAGUUCUCUUCUUCGUCCUAGUUUCUUCUAUUCCAGGUGAGAAGAAAAAAUGGCGUUUGUGACCACUGCGGAAGUGUGUGACGCGAAUCAAGAGAUGAUUCGAAGUGGCCAGCUCCGAGCUCUGCAACCCGUUUUUCAGAUUUAUGGUCGUCGUCAAAUAUUUUCAGGUCCAGUAGUUACUGUUAAAGUCUUUGAAGACAAUGGCUUAAUCCGUCACUUCCUCGAAGAGAAAGGCAAUGGUAGAGUUCUUGUGGUGGAUGGUGGAGGGAGUUUACGCUGUGCGAUACUAGGAGGAAACCCGGUCGUACAAGCGCAGAACAACGGAUGGGCAGGGAUCAUAGUGAAUGGAUGCAUCAGAGACGUUGAUGAGAUCAAUGGUUGCGACAUUGGAGUGAGAGCUUUAGCUUCUCAUCCAAUAAAGGCUAGUAAGAAAGGACUUGGUGAACAAAGAGUCUCUUUGAACAUUGCAGGCACUCGGAUAUGCGAUGGCGAAUGGCUUUAUGCAGAUACUGAUGGUAUCCUUGUUUCUCAGAUUGAAUUAUCCGUUUAAAAGGACACAAGUGAUGUUGUUGAUUUGUUAAAAUCUGUAAGCUACUACUUUUGUGCUUUGUGUUUCUGUAAUGGCUAUCAGAGUAAAAGUUGGCUUCUUUGAAUAUGAUUAUUGAACUAUUGAAUCCGUUUCGAGUUGAUAAAAAAAAACAUUUCGUAAAGUGAAAAU